AAAACAAAACUUUGUGUGCCUGGACAGUACAAUAUGCUGGUUUUUAAUAUUUUGUUAAUGAUCGUAUUUUUUCAGUUUUAGAAUGAACGCGACGACGAUCUCUACAGGUGCAACGAGCACUCUGGCUGGAAUUAUUGGCAUCGAGUCGGAAAUAAGAAUGGACAAAGCGGAAAACUCCUUAGACAGUGACCUUGACAUUUCUCCGGUCACUCUAUCCUCCGCAUGGUCCAGAGUGGCGAGACUUCUUUUGUUAGCAUCAAUGGCUGUCGGCGGCAGUGUCGGCAACGUUUUCAUGAUCUCUGCGGUGGUGGUAGAAGAUCAACUUAAGAAACGAGGAAAUGCGUUUCUAGUGAACGUUGCAUUGGCAGAUCUAUUAGUAACAGGCCUUGUAAUACCGGUAUCAGUGAUUGUGAUCCUGGCAGGACAUGAAGAGUCAUUAAGCACAUGCCGAUUUGAAUGUACUCUCGAGGCACUUUGCUUCCUCGUGACGGUGUUGACGUUGGCCACUAUAGCUGCAGAAAAUUAUACUCGUUUGUGUUUACCACCCGAAAGGUAUGCCGUAUUGACAUCAAGCCGUGUAACAGCGACCAUCAUCAGCGUCUGGCUGAUAUCUGUAAUGAUGGUAGUUCUGCAAUCAUCGUUGGACGUAGGACCGGACUUCUGCCGUCGCCGAUUCAGUGGGAUAGCCAUGGAACAAAUAAUCGGGGCUACGGUUUUAGUAGGUUUGCCAACUUUAAUGACCACCUUCCUGUACGUAAAGCUGGUGAUUCGAGUCCGACACGCUACCAGGGGUUCCUAUAAGCCACCGGUCGCUUUCUCCUGGGACUACGAACUGACCAAGGCAAACAUGUACAGCUGCGUGAUGUUCGUGAUAUUCUGGCUACCAUUCGGUAUCGUUGUCUGCGUUAACUCCUUCCGACCGAUAAGCGCUCGUGUUCUUUACAAUUUGGCCUGGUUUGCUCUCUCGAAAUCCUGUUUCAACAAUUUACUCUACUGUGUGGCAGACCGGCAUUUUCGCAGCGCUUACGUCAAGCUUUUCCAUUACUGCUGUUGCAAGACUACGGUGAGUUUCUCAAGGAGAACACGAGGGGAUGGUGGCCGAAGUGCCAGCGACGUACGCCUCAGGGUUCACAUUAUCCAUUCCUAUGCUAGUCCGGGUACCUGUCGCCCACCUGCGGGUAGACCUAACGGACGUGACGUUUAUGAGCUCUAAAUUUCAACAUCGCGCAUCAUGAUCGGAAUAUUUGGAACAACCUGUGUCCUCGUCGAUACAAUUGAUCGCCGUCCAAUAGAAAACAUUUUUCGAUUUCUGCUCCUGAUCGAGAUGCUUCCAAUUACUGCGAUGGUUUAAGUUGCUCUUUGGUUGUACUGUUGAGAAUUAGUACGUCGAACGCGUGUACUUUAUUUAUGUAAUUUAUUCGUGUUGAUUGUUUUAAUGCGCUUUGAUACAAAUUGUUAAGUGAGGAGGACUGUUUUACGAACUUUAAAUUGGUACAGUAGAACCUUUGUUAUUUAAAUUUAAAAGACAAGAAGAAGAAUUCUUCUCUGUUCGGAGAAGAAAAUGUUCACAUGUACGUGUUAUACUAUAAAAGAAUAAUAACGAUAAAGAUUGAACGUGUAAAUACAUGUUCAAUAUAUGGCAUUUUUGACUGGAAAAUUGAUGAAUUUGGUAUAAUCUGGUACUUUUGACGAUCAAUCUAUACAUUUCUCAAGAAUAUUUUUUAUGUUAUACAUUUUAUGGGAUUAUAUCAACCUUAUUGCAGAUUAAAGGAUAGGAAAACGUCCACUUAAUAUCUUUGGCAACUAAUUUAUAUAAAGUUUUUAACAUUGUCGCGUGUUCCAUUAUGAUAAGAUAUUCAUAUUCAGAUUACAUCAACUGGUUAGUCUUAUAUAUAAUAUCAAUAAUUAAUUUCGUUAAUAUUAAUCACUAUCUUCAAGUGUACUUUUAAUAUUUCAAGCUUUAAUCGUUAAAAUUCAUUGAUUAAAACACGUUUUCACCAGCAUUAUGUAUGCAUAUGCUACAAUUAAUAUCAAAAUUUGGAUAUCAGAGGUUCUACUGUAUGAAUACUUGUAACAGUGCUAUUAUCCAUCCUCUUAUAAUGUUUGAAUAUCGAUAUUUUACAAUCUUCGUUAAAUGAUUCUCGAAUACCUGCCGUAAUUGUUCAACAAUUGCUAUUACCUCAUUUUACGUUAUUGUUUUAACGUGUAAUUAUUCCUAUUACGUCUGUUUCAUAUUUAUUUAUAGCUAUACGAUAGGUACAUAUAGAGUGUAACUGCAAUGACGUUAUUAUAAAGAUAUUGAGAUGAUUUCUCUUACAAAAAUAAAUCGAAAACGUUUGAAGUUCUUUAUCUUUAGCUUGGUUUUCCUAAGAUACUGAUUCGUCCAACAUGGUCGAUGAAAUAGAAGCAAAAACUGCAUUUAGAAAAAAGAAUAAUAUUGAGAAUUCUGCUCUCGAAUAAAUUAAUAAAUGAAUAAAAUAUCUAAAAAUGUAUCUUAUGUGAAUUACUAUCUUUCUCUAUAUACUUCGUAUAUAUAUAGAUCUAUACAUCAUGCCGAUAUAAAUCUGUUACGAAUUAUAGACGAAGUACGAUGUACUAUUUCUGUUUUGUAAUUUCUAUUAAUGUUCCUAAUAUCUAUAAACACAGAAACAAUUUAUCAAUUCUCAAACGAGUAUAUUCUUAUUUAACGAUUUUUUUAAAUCAAUGUUCUCGGAAAGGAAAUACUAUAGAACAAAAUUUCAUUCUACAUGUUUUCGAUUUACUUUUUGCAGAAAGAAUUAUCUCAUAAUCGAUUAUUCCAUCAUUGCCGCUACAUUUUAUAUAAUCGGAUGACGAAGUCUACAGUUUCGCAGAAACAAAUCUGUUUCUCCAUCUUUAGCAACAAAUGUUAACACCAAAGUAAUAUGGCUACUAUCACUAUCUAGGCACUAACAGAGAUCUUUGUAUAUUUUAAGUUUCUGCUUUCUACAUAUCAUCCUUCGGCUAAACUUUGUCAGUAUAUUCUGUGGA